AUGGCGCACAGCUGUCGGUGGCGGUUCCCUGCUCGGCCCGGAGGGAGCAGCAACUCGGGCACCGGGAGGCGAGCGGGCCGAAUUCGGGUCACUGCUUCCCUCCGAAGUACCACGGGUGCUUAUCAGAACACAAAUGUUCUCGGACCCGGUUUUGAUGCUGCAUUGCAAGUCUCCGCAGCUAUCGAUAGCAACCUGCAGAAAUUUCGGGAUGUUUUGGGGGAGUCGAGUGGUUCAAGCAGCGGGGAGGAAGAAGUAUUUAGUGGUUUUGGUACAGCCAGUGAAAACAGAAGAAUACAUAGUCCAGGAAGGACCUUGACAGUUACUCCUACUCAGGAGAAGAAGCCCAGAGGCCGCCCCCCAAGGGCUUUGACUUCACAGAGAGUGGCUACAGGUGUCGACUCCGCCCCUCUGUCUGUUCUGUCUGUUCGAGGUAAACCCGAAGGUCCUGCUCCUCCCACAGAAAAGGUGAGACGGCCACCAGGAAGGCCACCUGGCUCAGGGGAGAGAAGGAGAGGUCGUCCUCCGGCAUCUAGCAGUCAGAGGAUCUGGCAGCAGAGCAGCCAUGCACUGCAAGACGACACCAAGGAUGCUGCACAGGAGCAUGGCUCAACUCCGGUACAUAGAAAGGAUAUGGCAGAAGAUGACAGGGAGAGAAAAGCCACCAAGCGAACCGCUCUUGGAUCUGUACAGCAGCAGGAGUUGGAGACCAAGCUCACCAAACCGGGCCGUGACUCCAAGGUGACCAAAUUGAAACGGCUCCGGGAAGUUAAGCUGAACCCCCUGAAGUCAAGGCUCAAGGCUAUUGUGAAAAAGGGUGUUCCGGUCCCUGUUGUGCCAAGACGGAGGCGUGGCAGGCCGCCUUCUGCUGAGCGCCUCAAAGCCGCAGCUGCUGCUGCUCAGGCUGCUGCCUCCUCAGUUCCAGAGUUGUCCUCCACGGAAGUUGGGACUGCCAAACAAAAGACCUUCAGGGUUCGGCGGGAGCGAGAUUUGGACCCUCACACUCCUCAGCACCUCAAGCUCAGGGCCUCACAUCCUGCUGAUGAACGCACUAGCCCAGAUCCCCAUGGUUCCCCAACAGCCAUUCACCCAGGUUCCCCUUCCAGGCUUGGAAGGCCGCUGGGAUUACGGCAGAGCCCCCGUCACAUCAAGCCUGUUCGUAUCGUCCCUCCCUCCAAGCGCACUGACGCUACAAUAGCAAAGCAGCUUUUGCAGCGUGCUAAAAAAGGGGCACAGAAAAAGAAACUGCUAGAGAAAGAAGCUGUUGCUAUAGGUGCCCAGGGAGCUGCAGGUAUGGAAGGUGGCAUAAGGAGAAGGAGGAGAACGCAGUUGAAGAACAUUCGGCAGUUCAUUAUGCCUGUCGUGAGCACUGUCUCCUUGCGGAUCAUCAAGACUCCAAAGCGUUUCAUUGAGGAUGAGGCCAGUUUCGGCACUCCGCCCCCGCAUAUGAAAAUAGCGCGGUUAGACACCGCUGCCUCUGCUGCUGCACCCCAGCCUACCACAUCCCCUUCACCUACGCUUGCUUCUACAGCUCCUGUCACAACUGGAGCUGCUGCCCCGCCCGGUUCUGGACCUGCUAUUGACACCCUACCCCCACCCCCUCCCCCUGCCCCAACUGCCAGUGUAACUGCUGUUGCAGCCAGUCUCCUCAAUAAUAGCAGCUGCAACAAUAGCACCAGCAAUGGUCGCUUUAGUAGCAGUGCUGCUUCCUGCGGCUCCAGUGCUGUAUCUCAACGCUCUUCCCAGCUCUCCUCUGGGGAGUCAUCCCGUUCUAGCAGCCCCAGUCUGGAUGACUCCUCUUGUGACUCGCAGGCUUCAGAGGCUACCCAGGCCCUCUCAGAGGAGCCUGACCAUUCCCCAUCCUCUCAGGGAGAGCAGGAGGCCAGUGUACACAAUGUCUCACACCCACCAUCACCACCAUCCGAGCCAGAACCAGAGCACAUGGUGAUGAUGGAGCAAAGUCGACGGGGGUGCAGAGGUCAGGGUCUUAGGAGAGGGGGUUUGGUGGCUCGUGGGAAGGGCAGUCUGAUGAGCGGGAGGAAAAAGGCCAUCAUAAGCCCAGCAACAGGUGUACUGAUUUCUUCCUCGACACAAGCAGGAUCACAGCAGGCCUCUUCGACGGCCUCCUCAUCCUCUUCACCUCCACCUCCCCCUCUUCUCACACCUCCUCAGCCUCCCCAGUCAGCUUCAUCAAACACAUCUUCCAUUAGUGAGCACCACUCCCACUCUCCAUGGAUCAUGCCCCACCCCUUUCUUCCCACACCCCCAGUGCUCGCCAGUCAUCGUGACAAACACCGCUCCAUUCUACGUGAACCCACAUUCCGCUGGACAUCUUUAUCACGCACUGAGCAACAGUGCUUUUCCUCAGCAAAGUAUGCUAAGGAGGGCCUUAUUCGCAAGCCCAUCUUUGACAACUUCCGGCCUCCGCCACUCACACCUGAAGAUGUGGGACUAAUAUCUCCUGGUCCAGGAGCUGGGGGUGUUGCACCAGGAGGUUUCCCUGCACCGGGUGGGGGAUCUGGGGCAGGUACAAGGCUCUUUUCCCCCCUGCAUCACCAUCACCACCAGCAUCCCUCAUCUCGCUUUGAGCCAUCACUCCAGAAGCGCAGUCCCCUGCUGCGUGCCCCCCGCUUCACUCCCAGUGCAGCCCACUCCCGGAUCUUUGAGUCAGUCACUCUCCCAUCAUCAUCAGGAAGCAGCCCAGGUUCACUGUCUCCUCUCCAGGCUUCUUCAGCUCCAAGCAGGACAUUGCGUCGCAGAAGGAAGAGGGCAUUUGGGCUUGCUCAUGGGCAGCCCAGGUCACCUUCACACUCCAUGACCAGAAGAAGCAGUCAGUCGGGGGUCCAAACAGGAAAAGGCCCUGCUGAGCUCUCCAUAUUGGCAAGCUCUUCAUCCACAAGCGCAACCAGUAAUGCUAGCCCGUUGCCUGGAGUAGCUGUCAGUCCGCUAGCUGCAAGUGCCUUAACUCAAGCCCCUUUCAGCACCUUCUCACAAGGCUCCAUGGGUCUCACAACUCAUGGAGCUCCAGAUAGCCGAAGAACAGCUGGGGGCCUCAGUGUGGGUGGGAGCUCUGCUUCAUCUUCUUCCUCACCGCUCUUCCCUCUUUUUACUUCCAGUCCCCAAACUCCAAGUGGAGGCUCUGGGAAGUCAGUCAAAGAGCAGGGUGUCUCAGCUUCAAGAGACAGUAUGGCUAAGGAGAAAGAACGAGAAACGGACAAAAGCAGGGAGCGCGAGAAGGAAAAUAAAAGGGAUGGAAGGAAAGACUGGGAAAGAAGAGGAAAGGGCCUUACUUCAGAAACACCAACUAAUUCUACUUCCAGUCUCUUUGCUGUGGAUGGGAGAGACAUUGAGGAAUCUCUCGCCCAGAAAAAGACGCCAGGAAGAAAGAAAUCUGUUUCUGUUGACUCUGGGGCAGAGGGCUCUCCAGUAGACUCAAAUGCAGUCCAACCAAUUAGCACACUCCCUUUAUCCAAGGGUCGUCUGUCCAAGAAAGGAAGGCCGUCAGAAAAGGGGGAAACUGAGGGAGGUGAGAAGGACAAGGAGAGGUCAAGUACUCCCAUCCAGCCUGGACAGACAGGAAAAUCUCCCACCGCCACAUCACUUGGUUUUGUAUUGGCCCAUGCUGAGAAACAGCCAGUUACAGACAGGAGGGUAGCAGGACUACUUAAAAAGGCUAAAGCUCAACUUUAUAAGAUUGAGAAGAGCAAGUCAAUGAAAUCGGUGGACCAGCCUAAAGUUCAGGGUCAGGAGAGUGAUUCUUCAGAGACAUCAGUCCGUGGUCCACGCAUCAAACAUGUGUGUCGUCGUGCUGCUGUGGCACUGGGCCGCAACCGCGCUGUGUUCCCAGACGACAUGCCCACCCUUAGUGCCUUGCCAUGGGAGGAAAGAGAAAAGAUCCUGUCUUCCAUGGGGAAUGAUGAUAAAUCUUCAGUGGCAGGGUCUGAGGAGGCAGAGCCAUCCACCCCUCCCAUCAAGCCAGUGACAAGGCACAAAACCAUCCAAGAGGCCCCGCCUAGGAAGGGCAGGCGCUCACGGCGCUGUGGGCAGUGUCCUGGCUGCCAGGUCCCAGAGGACUGUGGGGUUUGCACCAACUGCCUGGAUAAGCCCAAAUUUGGAGGUCGCAACAUUAAGAAACAGUGCUGCAAGGUGAGGAAGUGUCAAAACCUGCAGUGGAUGCCCUCAAAGAUGUUUCUCCAGAAACAAGUAAAAGGUAAAAAGGAUAAGAAGAAGAAUAAGAUGUCAGAAAAAAAGGAGGUCCAUCAUUCGGUUAAAUCUCUGGGGUCUGAGGCGAGCCCCAAACCAGCCCCUUCAUCUACGAAGGAUGAGCCUUCCCGCAAAAAGAGUGAAACUCCUCCCCCUAAGCAGGGCGAGGAGAAACAAAAACUGCACCACCAGUCGUCUCCCUCACCCCACAGCCAUCCCUCUAAGGAGCCUCUUCAACCUCCCAGCUCAACUGUGGCUGAGGAAUCCCAUCAGCAUUCUGCUCCUUUAAGUGCUGCCUCCAGGAAGGAGCGCAAACAGCAACAGUCCAACCCUCCAUCCAGCUCACCUCACACCACCCCCUCAUCACCAGCACUGUCCCAAGAGCCCACACAACAGCAGAGCCAAAUGGCAACAAAAAAGGAGGCACCUCCUAAGUCCCCAUCCACUGAGCCUAAGAAGAAGCCCCAACAACAGAGUCAAGUCACAUCCACCCCAGACACAGUAUCCGAAGCUAAACAAAUGAAGAAACAGACCACUCGUGUCCCAACAUCCAAGCCUAGAACAAAAGAGAAGGAGAAGCAGAUGGCCACAAAACCUGACAGCAGUACUUUAAACUUCCUGAGCACUCCCUCGACUGGGGGCAAUGCCAAGCAGAAAGCGCCCUGCGACGGAGUGCAUCGAAUCAGAGUGGAUUUCAAGCAAGACUAUGACAUUGAGAAUGUGUGGGAAAUGGGUGGGCUCAGCAUCCUCACCUCUGUGCCAAUCACCCCACGGGUUGUGUGCUUUCUUUGUGCCAGCAGUGGCAAUGUGGAGUUUGUGUUUUGCCAGGUGUGCUGUGAGCCCUUUCAUCUCUUUUGCUUGGGGGAGACAGAGCGCCCCUUGGAGGAAGAGUGGGAAAACUGGUGCUGCCGCAGAUGCCGCUUCUGCCAUGCCUGUGGCCGCCAGCACCAGAAAACUAAACAGUUGCUGGAGUGUGACAAGUGCCGAAACAGCUAUCACCCUGAGUGCCUGGGACCCAACCACCCUACAAGACCCACUAAGAAGAAAAGAGUCUGGAUUUGCACCAAGUGUGUCCGCUGUAAAAGCUGUGGAGCCACCAAACCAGGAAAGACUUGGGAUGCCCAGUGGUCCCAUGAUUUCUCCAUGUGUCACGACUGUGCCAAACUCUUUGCUAAAGGCAAUUUCUGCCCUGUCUGUGAUAAGUGCUAUGAUGAUGAUGAUUAUGACAGUAAAAUGAUGCAGUGUGGGAAGUGCGACCGAUGGGUCCACGCCAAAUGCGAGAGUCUCACUGACGAGAUGUAUGAGCUCUUGUCCAAUCUGCCUGAGAGUGUGGCCUACACCUGCAUCAACUGCACUGAGAGCCAGCCAGCUGAAUGGAGGACUGCUCUAGAGAAGGAGGUUCAGAGUUCUCUGCGCCAAGUUCUCACCACACUGCUGAACUCCCACACUUCUACACACCUAUUGCGCUACAGACAAGCAGUGAUGAAGCCACCUGAGCUGAACCCGGAGACAGAGGAGAGCCUUCCUUCCCGUCGGUCCCCAGAGGGACCUGAUCCCCCUGUGCUUACAGAGGUUUCACCGCCAGCUGACUCUCCACUAGAUUUUGAAUCUGUGGAAAAGAAGAUGGAUUCAGGUCGUUACAAAUCUGUGCUGGAGUUCAGUGAUGAUAUAGCGAAAAUCAUCCAGACAGCCAUCAAUUCAGAUGGAGGCCAGCCAGAGAACAAGAAAGCCAACAGUAUGGUCAAGUCCUUCUUUAUCCGGCAAAUGCAGCGGGUUUUUCCAUGGUUCAAGGUGAAGGAGUCCAGAUUCUGGGAAACACAGAAGGUCUCCUCCAAUAGUGGAUUGCUUCCCAAUGCUGUGCUGCCCCCAUCCCUGGAUCACAACUAUGCCCAGUGGCAAGAGAGAGAGCAAAUAGCACGUGCUGAACAGCCAUUGGUAAUGAAAAAAAUAAUCCCUGCACCUCGGCCAAAAGCUCCCGGGGAACCUGAAACCCCAACAACCCCUCCUCCACCACCUCCUCGCCUCAAUAUACCCGACCACAGCAGAGAGGACAGUCCUGAGCUCCUCCCUCCACCUGGUGUGAGUGAUAACAGACAGUGUGUGCUUUGUCUGAACUAUGGAGAUGAGAACACAAAUGAGGGCGGUAGGCUCCUGUACAUCGGUCAAAAUGAGUGGACCCAUGUGAACUGUGCACUGUGGUCUGCUGAAGUGUUUGAAGAUGAUGAUGGCUCUCUGAAAAAUGUCCACAUGGCAGUGAUUCGAGGCAAACAGUUGCGAUGUGAAAAUUGUCAGAGACCUGGAGCUACAGUGGGUUGCUGUUUAUCUUCCUGCACAAGUAAUUACCAUUUCAUGUGUGCACGUCAACGACACUGUGUCUUUUUAGAGGACAAGAAGGUAUAUUGUCAGCGCCACAGAGACUUGAUAAAGGGCGAGGUAGUUUCAGAAUCUGGAUUUGAGGUAGCCCGACGAAUCCUGGUGGACUUCGAGGGAAUCAGUCUCAGAAGGAAAUUUCUGAAUGGGCUUGAGCCAGACAAUGUUCACAUGAUGAUAGGUUCCAUGACCAUUGACUGCCUUGGCAUGCUAAGUGAACUCUCAGAUUGUGAGCGGAAACUGUUUCCUGUUGGAUACCAGUGCUCAAGAGUUUACUGGAGUACUCUAGAUGCUCGUAAGCGUUGUGUGUACACCUGCAGAAUCCUGGUGUGUCGGCCCCCGGUGUCAGAACCCCUCACAAACAGCACAGUGGCUCAGGAGGAAAACCGUACCAUUGCUCAUAGCCCACCCCCAAUUUCAGAAAUGGACAUGUCACCUACUCCAGUGGACUCAAAGCCCACUGUUAAUCAGUCAACUCCUGUCAUGGCAAAACCAAAGGUCUACUCACGUAACAGACAUCCCAGCUAUCCCCCUUGUCAUCGCUCUCCUUCAUCCAGGCCACUUCCUUCUCCAGGUGAUUUCUCCAGUUCAUCUCAUGAGAUUGUGACUGUGGGAGAUCCUCUGCUAAGCUCCAGCCUGAAGAGCAUUGGAUACCGUCGACACAGCACUUCCUCUCUCUCCCCUGUGCUGUCUCAACAGAGAGUUUCCUCCGCUCCACAGGGAAGUGGUAUGUCAAGCCAGGCUGGUGCUUUGCCAUUGUCCUCCUCCUUGUCAGCCUCUCGAGACUGUGGAGUAAGGGAUGCUGAGAAAGGUAGGCCACCAACUGGAAUGAGAGCUUUGAGUCGAGAAACAAGCUCUACAACUCCUGGAGCCCAACGUAGACUCAGUUAUGGAUUUUCUGAGAAAGUGGAUGGUACUAGAGAGGUCAUUGGAAAACAGUCAGAGGGAGAAAACCUAAAAUCAGCCUCCACAGCAGUUUUGGCUGGAGUAAGCCAGGUGUCACCACCCGUAGGGACUGCAGUCCUUACUGGGCAUCAGAAGAGCAGCUGCAGCUCCAAGACAGACAAGGGUAAACAGACCAUGAAGGACACAGAUCUAUCAGCUGGAGCUGCUGUAUUGUCUAGCCAUCCCUUGGCUACCCUCCCAAAAGACAAAGUUAAUCCAAUUAAGGAGGGAAACUCAACAUCAGUACCCGGGCCUAAGGAUACAGGCAAAACUGGUUCACCCCAGCUUCUGCACAAAAGUGGAGGAAGAAAGUCCCAUGACUACCACUCUGGGCCCCCUACCGCUGCAGCUCUGAAGCCCCGUUGGUCAUCUGGAGCAACGGCAGGUGAAGAGGACGUAAUAAAGGGUGGGUCCCAAGCAAGUCCGGCAGUGACCAUCAGCCAUGGAUUGUCCAGCACCAAAGAAAAACACUCCAAAGUGAAAACAACUGUGAGCAGGGAUAUUGUAAAGGAUAGAGAAAAGGCUCCACAAAACAGCAAGACUCCUGUCCUCAACAGCAACUCAAAGGGUAGUGAUGUCACCAAGCUGGGGCAAGUUCAGCCCUCACAAAAUAGCAAAAAUACAGCAGUCAAUAGUAACAACAAAGCCUCUGGUACAAAUGAAGCUAAUAAACUUGAUGGUUUGGGAGGAGAGAAAUCGCUUAAGUCCAGGGAAAAGUAUAGCACAGAGAAGAAGUACAGCUGUGCGGUGGAGGGAUCCCGGUCAAAAACAGGCUCAGAGAAGGGUUUAAAGCGUUCAACGAUCCAGACCAGAACAAAUAAGGAGCCUGUUCCAAGGGAAAAGAAGGAUGUUGAGAAGUUGUCUGUAAUGUCUCAAAAGACUGAUCCAAAUGGGACCAAAACUCCCAGCACAUGCUCUGGCACAAACACAUCAACUUCCAUCUCUCUCACUAGCCAGGGUGCCCAGCAGAGGUCAUCUUGUGCAAUGAUUUUUUCACCCUCUGCAAGUUCUGAGAGCUCUGAGUCUGAUAGCCACCACCACCCAGAUGAUUGUGAAGAACAUCUCAUGGACCAUCACUGUGCUGAAGAUGAUGGAGAAGAUCACAAUCUAGAGGAUGAAGGAGUGGACAAGCACCAUGAGGAAGAUAGCGAUGGUUCAGUUUCAGCAAAAAGACGAUACCCUAGACGAAGUGCUCGGGCUCGCUCUAAUAUGUUCUUUGGUCUUACACCUCUCUAUGGUGUGCGUUCAUAUGGUGAAGAAGACAUCCCCUUCUACAACACUGGAGAUGGUUCUUUUAAAAAGCGGUCUGGAAGCAGUAAGCGCUCAGCCGAAGGACAAGUUGACGGAGCUGAUGAUAUGAGCACAUCCUCAUCGGGAGACAGUGGAGACGAUGAGGAAGGUGGCAUGCGUUCUCAUAAGGACUCCUAUUACUACAAUUUCACACGAACCAUCAUCAACCCUAGCUCUGGACUUCCUCCUAUUGAAAGUAUUGAUCAGUGCCUUGGUAGAAGUUCCCAGAUCCACCGAUUCCUUAGUGAAGAAGAAGAGAAUGAUGCUGAAGUGGACGAGUCCACAGCUGCGGCAAAGAAUUUGGAGCGCCAGCAAAUCGGCCAACUGGAUGGAGUUGAUGAUGGCUCAGAAAGUGAUGCCAGCGUGAACACCAGCAGCACAACAACAGCAACUACAUCUACACACAAAAGCUCUUCAAAAAGGAAAGGCCGGGAGAGUAGAGUUGAGAAAAUGGCCAUUGACUCAGGGAAGGAAGCUGAAAGUAGCAGUGGAGGAGGUAGUGGAAGUGGCAGCGGCAACAGUCGUGAUGGCCGCAAGAAAGAUAACUGUGUCCCAUUGGGAUCUGUGAAGUCACAAGGACAGGACCCCCUUGAAGCACAGUUGUCGCUCACUCCAGAUCUCCUCAAGUCUGAUUCUGACAACAAUAACAGUGAUGACUGUGGCAACAUAUUACCAUCUGAAAUAAUGGAGUUUGUUCUCAACACACCUUCAAUGCAAGCUUUAGGGCAGCAGCCAGAGGCACCAUCCUCUGAACUGCUUUCACUGGAUGAAGGAUAUGGUGUUAUUGUAAACCGGAGGAAGGACAUACUCUUUGAAGAUUUCCCACAGCCAUUGUCUAGCACGGAACCUGUGGAGAGUGGUGUGAGCUCUUCAAUUACUGUGGAGGAGCCCUAUGGCCUCCCCCUGGAGUUGCCUUCCGAUCUGUCUGUGCUCACAACUCGCAGCCCAACUGUGAACAACCAAAAUCAUGGCUCACUCAUGUCAGAGACGUCAGAUCGCGCCAUGUUAGCCCUAGCCACUGAUGAGUCAGGUGUUGAGAAAGGGGGAGACAAGCAGACAGGUGGUGGCACUGUGUCCAGUGGAAGUCCGCACGAUGGAGAUUCACAGGUAACAGAAGGUCACAUGACACCUGAGCAGUACAUUCCUAGUGGCAUUGAUGGUGAUCAUAUUGCAAGCCCUGGUAUUACCCAGGUGGUGGAAGCUGGGAGUCAGGACAUUGCUAGGACAUCUGGCACACCAGGCGUACCGAAUUCACCAAACUUGUCUCUUCAGGGUACGAAAUAUGUACCUGUUGCUGCAGUUAGCACAGGCCCUUCACCAGUUGUCAGCACUGCUGUUCAGACCACAACCUCUCAUCUGAAACCUGGCCCUGAGAAACUAAUAGUACUCAAUCAUAAUCUGCAGCCACUCUAUGUUUUGCAGACGCUCCCUAAUGGAGUAACUCAAAAGAUCCAGAUUGCACCUGGUAGUGCCACAGGUGUUAUGAAUACAGGUUCCCCAGUGAUAGCUGGUCUAAAUGCAGGAAUUCCCACUUCUCAGCCCAUUUUUCCUGCAAGUGGUAAAGGGUUGGUCUCUAUGCCUCAUCCACAAAUCCAUGCUUUCACCAGCACCACUCAAACAGGUUUCCAACCAGUCAUUCCAAGCACCACCUCAGGCCUCCUGAUAGGGCUCCCUUCUCAUGACCCCCAGAUUGUAGUAUCUGAAGCUGGACAGCAACACGAAUUGGCACCCAGUGUUGCAAUGGCAUCUAGUGCUGCAUCCAUUUCUCCUACCCCACCUGUGCUCAACACUGGGCACGGCAAAAAGCGCCCAAUUUCCCGUCUUCAGCCACGCAAAAGCAAGAAGUUGGCUCGAUCAAGGAGCCAGCCCACAUUAGCACCCUCUGAAGUUGGAACCAACAUGACAUUCAUAAACCUGUCCUCACCCCAGAUUGCUGCUGGAAUUCCCACUCAGUCUGGACUGGUUGAGCUGGGAACCAUAGCCACAGCAGCCACUGCAUCUCAACGAAAAAUUCCCAACAUCAUAAAACGACCAAAAUCAGGAGUGAUGUACUUUGAACCCACCCUUCUGCCCCAAGGGAUGCCAAUUUCAACCACCACUCAACCUGGUAUCCUGGGACAUGAUUCGCCAACUCAUGUGUUGCCAUGCACUAUGCCCAGGUUGAACCCCAACCAGUCUGUAUUGAAUGUUGUAUCUGUACCUCCUAGUGGCCCUGGAAACAUUUUGGGUACAGGUUCUGUGUCUCUGAGCACUCCUGGACUCAUUGGCUCUACUGAGAUCACUGGACCCAUAAGUAACCUUCUCUUCAAAGCUAGCCCACAUAACCUGGGGAUUCCAGAACAGCAAAUGGUUCUUCAUUCAGGAGGUCCAAUGAUGUCACAGCUUAGCAGUCCAACUCAGACUUCAGUUGCUAGUAGCAUAUGUGUUCUUCCACCAAAUCAAACAAUGAGCAUGUCUGUUAACCAGCAGGGAGAUCAAGAGAGUACCAUCCAUUUGCAGCACCCAGGCAAUAGAGUCUGUGCAGACAAAAUGCAGACCCCAGAUUCCAGUGCAAAUACAGCAGGUGUAGUGCCGCUUGCACCUAAUCCUGUUACUCAAGACCUCAGCAAAGGACAUGUGGUUGGAGUCUUUACUCAAAGCUCUCGGACCACGCCUAUAUCCCGACCCUCAAACCAGCAACAAGCACUCAAAUCAACUACUACUGUAGCAGUCUCUGCAGUCACAGGGAAGCAGAAAGCUAAGAGAACGCGGUCCAGUCCAGAUAAGAUGAGUGGAAAGAAGCAUAAGGGUCUCCAGCAAGAUACUCCUUUUGCAAAGCAAAGCAUCAGCAGUUCCUCUGGCCAGCCACCUUCAACAGCAAGCAGAGAGGCAGAUUCACCUGAACCAAUGGAUACAGGAAACCUGAAUGAGAAAGGUUCUAAUAAGAGUGAUUCUGCCGCCAGGGCAGCUGAAGCCUCUUCUCUUGCACACAAAUCCGUAGACCCCCAUGGUGAGAAGACCAAGACUACUGGACAACAGGGUCAGAGUGAUGGGAAAGGACCUAAUGCUCUGCUGGUGGCCACACCUGACAAGGAAAACAAUAAAAGAGACUCCUCGCUGGACUACAAGCCCAAGAAAGGCCUUAUAUUUGAAAUCUCUAGUGACGAUGGUUUUCAGGUCCGCUGUGAAAGUAUUGAAGAGGCCUGGAAGUCCCUCACAGAUAAAGUCCAAGAGGCACGGUCCAAUGCUAGACUCAAAGAGCUCUCUUUUGACGGAGUGAAUGGGUUAAAGAUGUUGGGUGUUCUCCAUGAUGCUGUGGUCUUUCUGCUGGAGCAGUUGUAUGGAGCCAGGCACUGCCGAAACUAUCGCUUUCGUUUCCAUAAACCAGAGGAGCCUAAUGAGCCACCCCUCAACCCCCAUGGCUCUGCUCGUGCUGAACAGCAUCACAGGAGGUCGGUGUUCGACAUGUUUAACUUCCUGGCAUCCAAGCACCGCCAGCCACCUGAAUACAAUCCCCAGGAUGAUGAGGAGGAGGAGGUGCAGCUCAAAUCAGCUCGGCGUGCCACCAGCAUGGACUUGCCUAUGCCGAUGAGGUUUAGACACUUGAAGAAAACAUCCCGGGAAGCUGUCGGGGUCUACAGGUCGGCCAUACACGGCCGAGGUCUGUUCUGUAAGCGGAAUAUUGAUGCUGGAGAGAUGGUUAUCGAGUACGCCGGCAACGUCAUUCGCUCGGUCCUUACUGAUAAACGGGAAAAGUACUAUGAUGGCAAGGGAAGUGGUUGUUACAUGUUUCGCAUUGAUGAUUACCAAGUGGUGGAUGCCACCAUGCACGGCAAUGCAGCUCGCUUCAUCAACCACUCCUGUGAGCCCAACUGCUAUUCCCGCGUGAUCAACAUUGACGGUCAGAAGCACAUAGUCAUCUUCGCCUUGCGCAAGAUAUACAGGGGCGAAGAGCUCACCUAUGAUUACAAGUUCCCCAUUGAGGAACCAGGCAAUAAGCUUCCUUGCAACUGUGGGGCCAAAAAAUGUCGCAAGUUUCUCAACUAA